AUGGCAAAGCUAGUUGAUCUCCCCGUCGAGAUCCUUCUACUCAUCCAGGAAUAUCUCUCCAAAUCAGCACUCAAUUUUUUCAGCCAAGUAUGCCGGAAUUUCUACUCUAUUUCCAACUCUACACUUUACAAGAAGAACAUUGCCGGGGCAUUAUGGCGAGCAACAGCAACAAGAAAUGCCGAAACCAUGCGCAAGCUGCUAGAAUAUUGUCCACGGACUAAAGAGUAUGACCUGCAAUAUACUAUAUGGAGCCCCCUUGGUCACACACCUAUGUCAGCAGCGGUAAAUGGUGGAAGCACUGAAGUAGUUCAGGCCCUCAUAGACAGCGGUUUCGACACGUCUACUAAAGACAGGAAUGGCUAUACACCUCUCUCAAUGGCAGCAUUGUAUGGCCAUACUGAUAUUAUUGCAAUUUUGCUGCAGACUGCUAUUGACCCGGAUCAGAAAGAUAUGUAUGGUCGAACUCCUUUAAGCUGGGCCGCUGAGUAUUGUCAUAUGGAUGCUGUGGGGCUUUUGUUAAAUUACGGCGCGGAUCCUCAUUGUCAGGAUGAUGAUUAUCACAUCGUUGAAACUAGGGCAAGACAAGAAGGGCUUUACCUAGUGCCUUUCUUCUUGAUGAACCAUGAACGGUUAUAUAAGCGACCCAUCCCUCGGAAGCCUAUAGAAUGGGCUGAGCGAAAUGAUUGUGCGACUGUUUUUGAGCUAUCCCCUACAUAUUCAAAUUGA